CCUCGUUUCCCCGAACUUUAAUCUUGACACUUCUUACCUUCGUCUGUCUACGGUCAUAUCUGUUUCUCAGCGCAGGCUUUUGGACUUUUAUCGCGCUCCUCGACACCCUACGUCGUUCCUUUCGUUCGGAAACACAAGAUCUGUUCCGCCCCAUCAGAGAGGAGUGGAAAGCGAAGCUUACCAUAGCACGCUCGGUCGCCUCAACCGCUAGACGCUUACGCUAUUUUUAUUCUUGUUUUUGACAAUAGACUCACAGUUAAGAUCAAGACUGUGGUAUUUAAGUUCGACUCGGGUAUCCUUCAGCGCCCGCCUGGAGUAGCACCGUCUGUGGUGCCACUCUCGGGGGGAUAAGAAGCACUGCGGCACCGUUGCGCCGCUACGCGCCCGACCUGUUCUGCCCAUACUCCGUGGCAUUCACCAUAUCUCUACGGUUGCAGAAGUGAUUCCCCAUUGUCUGGACCAAUCUUGGUCCAUUUAAUAGUUGCAACCAUGUUUGUCCUUCCACCCCCGCCGCCUCGCUAUACUAUCCCAAUUGCCUAUGCAGCCGGGGCAUCAAAUGGCAUGCCCGUCCCGGUCGUGGAGACCAACAAUGUGAUCCGCCACCCGGAAGGCGGGUGUUCAUUGCAGGUCGGAGAAGGAACAUAUCACCUCAAAGACGACCUCCACCUGGCGACCCCGCCCCCGCAUCCUUCCGAAGCACCGAUCAUAAACCCAAAUCCGCUCCAGACUGUCCCGACUCCGCCCACAUCCGGUGUAAAGCUGUCUUUGGUGAGCCUUGGCCAGCGGGUGAAGACGCCCGUGCUCAAGCUGAAAGAGAAUGGGCAUACCCCUCUGUUUGGCGAGGGAAAUCCCGCUCUGGCGUCCCCGCCUGUGAAGGAAGGCGUCAAGCGAAGGAAACCGAAAAACAACAUCGUCAAGAGCAGCUCCUCGUUCGUCUCGCGAGUGAUCACCCACGAAGCGGUGUCCAAAAGAUUGAACGACCGGAGUCCGGACGGUAUAUUCGCGUUCGCUAACAUCAAUCGCGCAUUCCAGUGGCUGGACGUCACUUCCAAGCAGAAGGAGGAACCGCUUGCAAAGAUCCUCUUCACAAAAGCCCAUAUACUCAGCCACGACGUGAACGACUUGACCAAAAACCCGUCGCACAUCGAUGUCGUCAUGGGAUCGUCCGCCGGCGAUAUCAUCUGGUACGAGCCCAUCUCGCAGAAAUACGCGCGGAUCAACAAGAACGGGAUCGUCAACGGGACCUCGGUCACCCAUAUCGGAUGGAUCCCGGGCUCUGAGAAUCUUUUUGUCGCGGCGCACGCCAAUGGGCAGCUCGUCGUGUAUGAUAAGGAGAAGGAGGAUGCGCCGUUCGCGCCUGAAAUCAACCAUCCCUCCGCAGAGACCGGUCAACUCCCGCUGCAAGUGUUGAAGUCAGUCAACUCCAGGAACCAGAAGACGAAUCCGGUCGCGGUGUGGAAGCUGGCGAAGCAAAAGAUCACCCAGUUUGCAUUUUCCCCCGAUCACCGCCAUGUGGCCAUCGUUCUGGAGGAUGGGUCUCUCCGGGUGAUGGAUUAUUUGAAGGAAGAGGUUACUGAUAUCUUUCGGAGCUACUACGGCGGCUUGAUCUGCGUCUGCUGGUCACCCGACGGCAAGUACAUCUUGACGGGCGGACAAGACGAUCUGGUGACAAUCUGGUCGCUCCGAGAACGCAAGAUCGUUGCGCGAUGCCAAGGCCAUAACUCGUGGGUAUCUACGGUAGCGUUCGACCCGUGGCGAUGCGACGAGCGAACGUACCGAUUUGGCAGUGUCGGCGACGAUUGCCGUCUCCUCCUCUGGGAUUUCAGCGUGGGCAUGCUUCAUCGCCCGAGGGCACACCAAGCCAGCGCUCGCCAACGCACCAGUUUAGUCGCACCCCUACCACACACCAAUCGCCACCGGGCCGACAGCGCCGGCAACCGGAUACGGUCCGAUUCCCAACGAACGGCGGACACCGACGGAGACUGCGAUCACGCCGUCCGGCAUCCUGUGGAACCCAGAGCACGGACCGCCCUGUUGCCCCCGAUCAUGUCCAAAAUCGUGGGCGAGGACCCGGUCUGCUGGCUAGGCUUCCAAGAAGACUCAAUCAUGACCUCUUCUCUCGAAGGCCACAUCCGCACCUGGGACCGACCUCGAGAAGGCAUCAACGAUAGUUACAACGCCCACGCCUCGUCAUCGGCCAUUAGUGCCAGCGUUGCGGGGUCCGGAUCUGGCCGGGGAGGCUCAACGAUCGGGUCGUUGUGAGUUAGGUUAGCCUGGCACCUGACUUCUUUUCUUUCUUCUUUCCUUCCUUCCGGUGGGAGAAAGGGAGGGAGGGAUGCGCCUGUAGAUAUGAAUGAGCUUUGUGUGUUCCUGAUAUACCCAUUGAACGUGAUAUGUUUUGUUUUGAGUAUUAUUGUUGUUUUUGUUUUCUCUUUCGUUUUCUUUUUCUUUCAUUAUGCGUUCUGUUGUAUCCAGCGCUG